AUGACCUAUUUUCGAUCACAAAAUCUAUGGAAAAUUGUUGAGGUAGGAUUUACUAUUCCAGAAGACACUUUGUCUCUCUCAGAAAAUCAAAAGAAGGCCCUAGAGGAGAAUCAACAAAAAGAUUCUCAAGCGUUAUUCUGCUUGCAGCAAGCUAUGACAGAUGAUAUAUUUCCACGGAUUAUGGGCGUAUCAGUUGCGAAAGAAGCAUGGGACACGUUGCAGGAGGAGUUCCAAGGAACAGUCAAGGUACGCACUGUUAAACUACAUAAGCUUAGAAGAGAUUUUGAAAAUCUUAAAAUGAAGGAUAAUGAGACUGCAAAAGAUUACUAUUCUAAAAUUAGAGAAAUAGUAAAUAAAAUGGGAGCCUAUGGGGAAAUAAUUUCUGACAAGAAAAUAGUAGAGAAAAUACUAAUAUCUUGUACAGAAAAAUAUGAUGCAAUAAUCUCUGUGAUAGAAGAAAUAAAAGAUUUAGAUACUCUAUCACCAACUGAAUUAAUGGGCUCUCUUGAAGCAUACGAAAAUAGGCGAGAAAGGCAUAAUGAAAAUUUGACUGAAAAUGCCAUUCAGUCUAAAAUUAAUCCGCGGUCUCAAAAAUCUAAAACUGAUGGGAGCAAAUCACUAGAAAAUUUUAAAAGCAUGAGUUAUCAAGAAAAUAACGACAAGUAUUCUCCAAGUGGCAUUUGUAAAAGAAAAAGUCACUUGGAGAAAGACUGUUGGUUUAAAGGAAAACCUCAGUGCCAAAAUUGUAAAAAAAUUUGUCCACACUGA